CUCGGGGGCGCCCUCUCGCGUAUCGCUGCCACCGAGGCGCUCACGCUCUCCGCCUCGAUGGCGCUUCGGCAGACCUUCUUCCACGCGCUGAUGGCGGCGUGCGCCGUGCCCGCCUACAUCAUCAAGGCGUGCGACGUGCUCGAUAACCCGUGGGGCGUCGCACGCGGCCGACCCGUCACGCUGGCUCGGCGCAUACGUGGUGUGGGAGUGCUUGCACGAGAUGUGCCGCGCGCGCGCGCCGCCGGCAUCGUCCAGCACGCGGUUCUGCUCGGCUUGCCCGCCUCCUCCGACCCUGCACGGUGGCGGCGGCUUCGCCGCGUCGUCGCGGGCCGGCUGGUCAACUGCUACCGCCCGGACGACCUCGUCCUCUCCCUCGCCCACCGCGCCGCGCAGCUCAAGGCGUUUGGUGUCGCCGGCCUUAGCCCGGUCCCGGCGGGCGCGGGCGUCGAGUCGUACAACGUGUCGCGGCUCGUGCGCGCGCACCACCGCUACCGCUUCACCGUCGGGCCGGUGCUGCGGCACGUGGGGCUCACGGAGGACUGAGGCGUGCUUUCGGUGGCGGAGUUUGAGGGUGGAGCGGCGCGGAGAGCAGAGGAGGGGCGCGCGCGUGCUGCAUUCCGGUGCGCCGUGGUGUACCUGUGUUAGUGCCUGUGCGCGCAAGUCCCGUGCCCAGAAGACAUAAAAAACAGACAGUCAAA